AACGCUUCGCUCAAGUGGUCGCCUGUUUGUUUGACUCGUUUUACUGGACGCUGGAGGCGCGCUUCUAAACGGUGGGAUAGCUCAAGUGCGCGGGCAGUUGUCCAGUUUGUCACUGGCUGUUUCAAGGCUGUUCGUGCUCCACCUCAGUUGGAAGACAUGGUGCUCCAACAGGACAGUGCCAGGGAGAAAGUUCUGGAGAAGAUUGGCGACGCCGAGAAGCUUCUGGCUCAGUGCGACUCCCUGAGCGUGUGCCCCGGCAAGAGCAAGUUGCAGCGCAAGAUCCAGGCCGAGAUCAAGUUCCUCCGCAAGCUCUGGAAGACACCCGAAGGGAUCAAGGAGGAGCACCUGCGAUGCACCAACCUUGCUUACCUGUCGGCAGUCGUCACCUGCUCGCUGGCCGUCACGGGUCUGGUGGAUGUGCUCAAGCCUUUCUCGCUCCCCGAGAUUGAUGCCGAAUGUGAGAGGCAGAGGCGCUGUGCCGAUCGUACUGUCGUGGAUGUGGUAGCCAAUCACGGGGCGGCAUGGAUCAAAGUGGUGGCGCGCAAUCCCGAGGCCUUGCUGACCUCGUCUCUCGGUGACGGGGAGUACGGCCGGCGCACCAUCUUGGACCAACUCCAGGACAUGGUGGAGUGCGCCGGCUGCCACCCACACCUGUACAAGGCUCCCGAGGUUAAGGUGUGGACCGUGCUGCCUGUCUGCAAGCCACUCCGGGAGAUCAUCCAGGCCGUUGGAGCUGAGGUGCUCAACCACGAGGACGUCCUGUCGAUGUGUGAUGAGGAAACUCCCGAGGCUGCAGCAGACGACAGUGAAGCAGGUGUUGACGACAGCGUGGAGAACUUCACGGCGUUGAAGCUGCACGAGGUUCCCAAGGAUGCCGUGCUCAACCUUGACGUGUCCACGAUGAUCGCUUGCGCAUCCGCGCUGACCAACGGCCGCUGUCACUUCCGCUUCCGCGAGAACGUGCUGACCGAGCAAGCCGAGAGCGAACGCCGCAAUCCUGUCCGGCCCGCCCUGGACGAGCUGUUUGCGGACCGUAAGCUCGUCUGCUGCCAGUCCGCCUACGACGACUUCUCGACGAUCGUGAAAGUCAUGGCUGGACCGUGCGAGACCGAGGCGGCGCGCAGACUCUUCGAACGGCUCGAAGUCGUACCGGACUCUCCCUCCGAGCGGGCCGCAGGGCUCGCACUUCGCGGGAAGAUCAGGAAGAGGUCGAAGAUAAUCUUCGGGACUGGCGACCGGCUGAAGGCGGUGACCGUGACCGCGAACAGUGGGUUUCUGAGAGCCGCGAAGGCUCAGGGUGCCGACUUUGUCGCGUUUGUGCACGAGUCGCGGGCGCUGACGGAGGCGAAGGAGGUCAACGCUACGCCGAUCUAGGACGUGUUUUUGGAAGUUAAGCCCGGUGCUAGCUUGCUUUGUCUUCCCAGGAUGCUGCAGAAGUGCCACCAAGGUGAGGGGAGGCCGAUAGUCGUGAUCGGAUACAGUAAGGUGUGGUUGAUUUCCUCGAGAUUGCCAACGUCUCACCUAGCGUACGGUCUUGUCCGUCAAUCUACCGGUCAUUAUUUUCUACUCUCCGGUCACUGGCUUUGUGCUGUUAAUUUCAGGCGGCUGUUAUCACGUCGAGAGUGCAAUAUCGCGCUGCCAUUACAACUGUCGUACUUUAAAUUAAAGCUACUGAUGCAUAUGUGUUUAGUAUUAUUAUUUGUUUAGCAGUCUAUUUAAUAUCAAGCUGAUAGUCUGGUCACUUUCUUUCGUGUUUUUUGACUGGCUUGCUGGUCAAGCUGCUAAACUUGUUUUGUAGUUGGUGUGUGGGCAGGUACUAUCGGUGUAAAUUUAAAUGCGAGCAGGAAAGAGGUAACUAGCACGUCAUGCAAACAUUUGUAAUUAGUGGUUUUGUGUCUUAUCUAUAUAUCGUAUCGCUAAGUAUUGUUCAGGCUCUUCCUACCUUCGAGAGAACGUAUAUCACAGGUCAGUGCUCGCUUAUGCAGAAUCGUAAAGAGCUUACCCAAUCGGUUUCUGCUUGAAUUUACGUCGACAGCACCUACCCACAAUCAACGGCUUCAGAAGCAAAAGUCUGCACUUAAAUUGUCUUUACGUUUGUUCAGUGAAAGAGUGGCAAAGGUUUUGUACAGACCUUUCUUUUUGCACUACUACAUCAUUGCAAGAUAUGCCUUUUUGGCGGUUAUUUCAAAUGAAAUUGAAUUGAAAUGAAAUUCAUGAUUGACUAGCUUCUCAAUGAUGGUUUGCUAUUGGAUGCUUUACAUACUUUUGUUGUUCAUGCCAAGGAUAGCUGUCAUCCAUAUUGCUUUUUUAGUGCAAGAAACGACACCACAAGAAAGAAGACGGAACACAGCGCUACUCUCAACUGACAUGGUUUAUUGCGUCACUCUACUCUUUAUAGCAACCAGAUACCGGUAGGACAUGCGCCGUGCACCCUAUGCGCACAACCACCACACCUUGGACACCUGAGCGCAAUCAAGAAAGCGUAUCCAAAAAGCAAAAUUCAGAAGAAAACAAGGUAAUGGAAGGCACACUAAUGCACUGCGACCCCAAUGAUUGAAUGAAAAAAGCUUCCGAUAAUUCUCGGGCGGUGGUGUCACGACUCUUUUUUAAGG